CGUGUGGGAUCGCACAUGGCAUUCCACAAGCAAGGGCGAUGUUCUGAUUUGACUGCAGAAUCUGCAACAAGUGGAUUUCGUGUUUGGUGGGCUCUACCGUACUAUAAUAGCCUCAUUACCUCGGCGGCGGACAAUGGGAAGAGGUCCUCCGAUAUACCGGAGUCUCAGCAUUUGCAGUGCACACCGGUCCUCCUUGAGCAAGUCGAGAAUCUCUGAUACAUAUAUGCCUCGGGAAACUCCCUGAGCUCGAGUCUCUCCAACUGCAAAUAAUAAUUGUGGCGUAAAAAGGCCACCAAUUCCAUGGUCGAUCCGGCUUGGAAGGUGCAUCCUUGGAUACUCAGAUGCUUUAGUCUGGAUUGCUGUCGUGGUGGUGAAACCCCAGGUGACAGCACUGAAGCUGUAACACUCUGGACGCCGCCAACAAGUCCCCCAAGGAGUGAGUGGAGCAACUCAUGAGAUUCAAGUGCCCCGACCAUUUACUAUCCUGAUCCAGCCAUGCGGCAAGCUCCUUCAGCUGCUCCUUUUCCAACUCGAUAUCGCUUUUGAUGACAGACGUCAGCACUCGUUUCAGCCACUCCAUACUCCUGAUGGUUGGCUCUUCUUGUGCAUCCAUUAUUAUGCUUGCAAUAUCAGUUCCGUACUAUCCAGCAGCUAGCUAGUAUGGCUCACCAACAACAGCGUGCUAGCUACCGUACCGUACUAGUAUCUUGGAGCCUUCGAGGCUGGUGCUUCCGCGCAUGCCUUGAGACCUGCAUGAACUACAAUAGGGUUAACGCUUCGUAACCAGCCGGUACGACCACCGUUAAAUCUUGCCAACCGUUGGCAAAUGCCGACUGGGUUCCGAUCGCAAACAAAAAUUUUGGCUCUGAGAGAAGCAUAAAUUCUCGAAAGUCCACAAGCAAGAAACAUCGACCCCACACACUUCUAUCAAUCAAUCCAAUCCAACCAUGGGCAACUGCCGUUCAAAACAAGAGACUGCCGUAGCCUCCUCGUCGCCACCAGCAGAUGCCAAAAAGAGCCAUCUCCGUCCUGCCAAUACUGCUGCAGUAGCGACUACUACGCUCCCUUCCGACGGUACGGCCGCGUUGAUUCAGGCCGUCUUACCCACGGCCAUUCCAUUGGUCUGUCAAGUGGUCAGUCAACAAUUGAUUGCCGAUCCGGCCACCCUCUUGUUGAAAAACGAAGAACCCCUGACGGAAUUUGACAAGAAUGCACCUUCGGACGAACAAGUGUUGCGAGAUAUUCAAUUGCACAUGACCAGCAUUGCCUUGGUCAACGCCGCCACACUUCAAGAUGACAUGGACCGCAUGCCCACAUUUGCGUGGCCCUUGGCGACAACGGCACCGGCGCUCAUGGCGGAGCACAAAAUGACGGUACUGGAUAUUGUCGACUUUUACGUCAAGGUGUGGUUGGGUAAGGGUAUUGAAUUUGCCGUUCCCGUGGAAAAUCCCUUUGGUAUUCCCAUGACUUUGGAAGUGGGAUGUGGAGGAGAUGUCAUUGGAGAUGAUGCCUGGUUUGAAUGUACUAUUCCCCGACUACGAAUUUGGUUGGUGCAGGAUCAAGCUGCAACUGCGGAAGACAAAGAAGAAGAAGCUCCAUCCGACGAGAUGCAGUCGGUGGCAGAUUCCACAACAAGCAGCAGCAGCAGUAAUAAGAAACAAGUCAAGGCAUAUGUGGCAUUUAUUGGACGCCCCAACUUGACGCCACAUGUCCACGUCAAUGCCGAUCGAGGCAAGGGAGAUUUCUUUGAAAUGGUCUUGGACGAGGCGGGUUCGUUGGAUGAUGUCGUGGAAUCCAUCUUGAUGGGAUUUGGUCCUUCGGAAUAUUACGAACAAGAGCAACAGCAACAACAACUCGCGUCCAAAGAUAUGAAUAAGAAAGACAACAAGCAACCCAAACAAAGUUGGGUGGGCAAUGCCCUGGGCAAAGUAGUGAGCCGUGCCAUUGGAAGUUUUGUGGGCGUGGGCAACAAUCGGCCGUUGGAAAUUGACUUGACGGAUGCCGUGACGGAUGCCAUUGAUACUGCCAUGGGCAAACCACGACCAGUCGAAGUUGUAGAGGCAGAUAUGGAACGACUGCAAAAAGAGCUCGAACGAUCCAAGCAAGCGGAAUUGGACGAUGGUGGCAACAAGACAAAACGGAAGGAAAAGAGAGCCAAACAUGGCUUUGCAGAGGAGAAAAAGGAAGACGAUGCCUUGACAAAAACUUCACUGGCGGACAAGGUGUUGACACCACUGACAUCGUGUUGUGGCUAGGCAAACCCAGCUUGUCAUUGUUCUUUUUGUUUUAACGGAAUUGUAGUAAAGUGCGAAAAGAGAGAGUUGUAAGAAUUUAAAUAUUCAAUGGAAAACCAAAGUGUCAUUGUCCAACAGUUUGCGUCCAACGAUGUCUCCCAUGGUCCCUUACAAAAUAACACUUUCCUACCCUGGAAUUGGGUUCUAUUCAUAGCUACUUUGAGUACCCAUUAGUCGGAAGGAGAAUUACUCCGGUGUACCGUUUGUCUAGCUAGCUAGAGAAGACAGCAAUAAUGCAGCAAUGCUUGCUUACUUAUUAACUCUCCUCCGAAUGCAACGGUUAAAAACUUACUUACUUUCUUGUCUUCCCUCAUCAAUCCCUUCGGGAUUGCCCUCGGUCGCCUUCUCCUUCUGCUGCUCAUCAUCCAUGGUCAAGUGGUUGGUUGUUGGCUAUCUCUCAGUCCGGAUGGACUGGGGGAGAGCCUCACAACGCUUGAGCUGAGCAUGACCCAGAAGGAGAUGUGAAGUCUAGGUCAGGAUUGAAACCUGAACCUGGACUGAAAGCUUCUUCUGACCACCGGGUGGGCGGGUG